GCCGAACCUUGGAGGCCGUCUGUCACGUGAUGCCGAGGCACACGUGACUGAGCAUACACAUGACUUGCAGUCGCCAGGUUUCUCCCGGAGAGCCAGGACGCGGGGGAGCAGAGAUGGUCCGAGCUGCGCUGUCGCCGCCGUGCUUCCUGUUGCUGCUGCUGUUGUGGUCGCCCCGAGGCGAGGCAGCCCCCGAUCAGGACGAAGUCCAGCGUCUUCCCGGGCUGGCCAAGCAGCCCUCUUUUCGCCACUACUCGGGCUACCUCAAAGGAUCCGGCUCCAAGCGUCUCCACUACUGGUUUGUGGAGUCCCAGAAGGAUCCCAAGAGCAGUCCUGUGGUGCUUUGGCUCAACGGAGGGCCGGGCUGCAGCUCCCUAGAUGGUUUCCUCACCGAGCACGGCCCCUUCCUGAUCCAGCCAGAUGGUGUCACCCUGGAGUACAAUCCCUAUUCUUGGAACCUGAUUGCCAAUGUGUUGUACCUCGAGUCCCCAGCUGGGGUGGGCUUCUCCUACUCCAAUGACAAGCUUUAUGCGACCAAUGACACUGAGGUCGCCGAGAGUAAUUUUGAAGCCCUUCAGGAUUUCUUCUGCCUCUUCCCGGAGUACAAGGACAACGAGCUUUUCCUGACAGGGGAGAGCUAUGCCGGCAUCUACAUCCCCACCCUGGCCAUGUUGGUCAUGCAGGACCCAAGCAUGAACCUUCAGGGAUUGGCCGUGGGCAAUGGACUCUCCUCCUAUGAGCAGAAUGACAACUCUCUCGUCUAUUUCGCCUACUACCAUGGUCUUCUGGGGAACAGACUCUGGUCAUCCCUCCAGACCCACUGCUGCGCACAAAACAAGUGUAACUUCUAUGACAACAAAGACGCAGAAUGCGUAACCAGUCUCCAGGAAGUGUCCCGCAUCGUGGGCAGCUCUGGCCUCAACAUCUACAAUCUUUAUGCCCCAUGUGCUGGGGGGGUGCCUGGUCACUUAAGGUACGAGAAGGAUACUGUCAUAGUCCAUGAUUUGGGCAACAUCUUCACUCGCCUGCCGAUCAAGCGGAUGUCGCAUGUGGCACUGCUGCGUUCCGGGCGUAGGGUGCACAUGGACCCUCCCUGCACCAACACCACAGCCACCUCCACCUAUCUCAACAACCCUUUUGUGCGGAAGGCCCUCCACAUCCCGGAGCAGCUGCCCUCCUGGGACAUGUGCAACUUCCUUGUGAAUUUACAGUAUCGCCGUCUCUACCAAAGCAUGAAUUCCCAGUACCUCAAGCUGCUUGCCCCACGGAAAUACCGGAUCCUGCUCUACAACGGGGACGUGGACAUGGCCUGCAAUUUCAUGGGGGAUGAGUGGUUUGUGGAUUCCCUCAGCCAGAAGGCCGCUACGUCUUUCCCGGUGGGGCAGAUGGAGGUGCAGCGCCGGCCCUGGUUAGUGAACUACGAGGACAGCGGGGAGCAGAUUGCUGGCUUCGUGAAGGAGUUCUCCCACAUUGCCUUUCUCACCAUCAAGGGCGCCGGACACAUGGUUCCCACCGACAAGCCCCAGGCUGCUUUCACCAUGUUCUCCCGCUUCCUGAAUAAACAGCCGUACUGACCGGCACCACAGGGACCAGUGCUUACUGCCCUAUCCAGCCCCUCCCAGCCUCUCCCACUAGAAGCGAGGUUCCCCUUGAUGCUGAACAGCCCUGUAGGGCAGUGAGGGAGUUUGCACUUUAUUCCCACCCAGGGCAGGGCCUGGUGUGCCCCCCCCCCAGCCCCCUGCCCACUCCCAACAAUGCCCUUAAUGCACUCAUGCCACCCCGGGAACACAACAGAGCUCAGGA